AUGGCGCCGUACUUCAUAAAGAACCUCCUCCCACGUAGGGGGAAUACUGACAAUUCUGGCAUCGUCCCUGCCAUGGCAAGCCUCACUUGGGUUCAGUGGGCCCAAUUUUGGUCAGGCUGGUUGGCAUGGACCUGUGACGCCCUUGAUUUCUUCAGCGUGUCACUCACUGUCUCUGCCCUCGAGACACAGUUCGGAGAAAGCUCGCAGUCAGUCACCACCGCCAUCACCCUCACCCUGCUGUUUCGAUCUGUUGGUGCUGUGAUCUUUGGUGUCCUCUCCGAUCGAUUCGGUCGUAAAUGGCCCCUGGUCAUCAACCUCAUUAUCUGUUGCGUGCUCGAACUCGGAACUGGGUUCGUUAAUACUUUCUCUCAAUUCCUGGCUGUCCGCUCCUUGUUUGGUAUCGCCAUGGGUGGCAUCUGGGGUCUCUCGUCUUCCAAUGCCCUCGAAAACCUUCCUGUUGAACUCCGCGGUCUCGCCAGCGGCGUACUCCAGCAAGGAUACGCAGUGGGCUACCUCCUUGCUGCCGUCAUCAACCUCACCAUCGUUGCUCAUCACGGCUGGCGCACCCUCUUCUAUUUCGGCGCUUGUUUUUCGUUCUUCGCUGCUGUCAUUCGCUCGCUUGUCCCCGAGUCCGAGGUCUUCAUCAGAGCCAAAGAACUCGAAAAAGAGAGAGGUGCCAGUACUGCCUCGAAGACCAAGGUGUUCAUCCACGAGACCAAAGAAAUGUUGAAAAUCCACUGGAAGCUGUGCAUUUACGCUGUCAUCCUUAUGACUGGUUUCAACUUCUUGUCGCAUGGUUCACAAGACCUCUAUCCUACAUAUCUCGAAACGACAAAAGGCUUCUCUUCGCACGAUGCUACCAUCGCAACCAUAAUCGGUAACUGCGGUGCUAUAGCUGGCGGUGCCAUUGCAGGUUGGGGUAGUCAGUACAUCGGCCGUCGACUUACGAUCAUCAUCUGCGUCUUACUUGUCGGAGGCAUGUCGUUUAUCCCUCUCUGGAUCCUUCCUUCAUCAUUCUCAGCCUUGUCUGCUGGCGCUUUCUGGAUCCAGUUUGGUGUGCAAGGCGCAUGGGGUGUUAUUCCGAUCCAACUCGCUGAGAUGUCCCCACCCGCGUUCCGAGCAACCUUCCCAGGAGUUGCUUACCAACUCGGUAAUAUGGUGUCCUCGGCAUCGGCGCAAAUUGAAGCAACUGCUGGAGCCCAUAUCAAGACCACCAUCAUCAAGAACGGAACGCCAGAAGUCGUUGAUGAUUAUGCGACUGUCCAGGGUAUCUUGAUCGGCGUCGUCGCUGCCUAUGUGGUUAUUACUACUAUUGUGGGACCUGAAAACCACGCCGCUCACUUCGAGAAGCAUAAAGCUGCAUUCGAGGAAGGUGGUGGCCACGAUGAUGCCAUCGUAGGAUGA